AUGUCUACUCUCUGCAAGAAGUGCCAAGUCGUCCAGUUCAACGAUGCGGAUCUCAACGGAACUGUUGAGACCUUACCGUCUGGCCAGUCCUACUUCGCUCCCCAUCUUGAAGGCGAGGAGCUCCAUCACCAUAUUUACCUCGAUUACGACCUCAAAGAUGUACUGCCAGAUUUACCAGCUCUGUCUCAAUCGGCUGAGAAUGGCUGCUCGCUAUGCUUUCUAAUAAAGACCGAGAUAGCCAGGUUUCUCACAAGUUUCGUCGAGUCGGAGCGCAAAUACUCAGAUUUCUUUAUUCAUAAGCUAUGCUACGUCAUGGGACCGCACACACUGAUGGUGAAGAAGAUCUGUCUUGGCAGCUCCAACUCCCUGUCCAAGCCGACCCUCAUGGUAAUGAUGCCUGAUCCCGGAUUUUGA